CUUGGGUUGGGUUGAACCUCAACGCCCACGCACUUCAUCUGCUUUUCACUCCACCACCGCCCAUCGAGCUAUCCCCAUUCCCUCGCCGCCGCCGCCGCCGCCCCGUCAAUCUCCUCCUCCGCGGCGGCGCCGCCAUGCUCCGCCUCCGCCUCCGCCACACCGUCCUCUCCCAGCUUCUCUCGUCUUCCCCCGCCUCUCCCAUCUCCCACCUCAGCCGCCUCUUCUCCGCCGCCGCGCCCGCCGUCUCCCCGAACCCUAGCUUCGCGGUGGAGGAGUACCUCGUCGCCACCUGCGGCCUCACCCGACCGCAGGCCCUCAAGGCCUCCGCCAAGCUCUCCCACCUCAAGUCCCCUUCCAAGCCCGACGCCGUCCUCGCCUUCCUCGCCGGCCUCGGCCUCUCCGGCGCCGAUGUCGCCGCCCUCGUCGCCAGGGACCCGCUGUUCCUCUGUGCCAAAGUGGAGAAAACCCUGGCACCCAAUGUCGCGGAGCUCACCGGCCUCGGUCUCUCGCGUUCUCAGAUCGCGCGCCUCGUCUCGCUCCCCAGUGUCACUUUCCGCUGCAGAUCCAUCGUCUCCACGCUGGAGUACUUAUUGCCCCUCUUCGGCUCCACCGAGAACCUCCUUCGAGCCCUACCUCGAGCAGGUGGCUCCAUUCUCUCGUCCAACCUCGAGCGGGUGGUCAAGCCCAAUGUCGCCUUCCUGCGCGAGUGCGGGCUAGGUGCUUGUGAUAUUGCCAGGCUCUGCAUACCUACACCAUCGCCGCUCAGCAUCAGCACGGAACGCAUCCGGACAGCAAUGGCGUGCAUCGAAGGUCUUGGUGUACCCCGUGGAUCUCGGAUGUUCAAGCAUGCUCUACAAGCUGUUGCAUUCCUCAGCGAGGAGAAAAUCACCACCAAAGUGGAGCACUUGAAGAAAACGUUCAAGUGGUCGGAUGCCGAGGUGGGCAUUGCUUUGUCCAAGCUUCCGCCUGUGUUGAUGAGGUCUAACCAGAUGCUGGAGAGCAAGUCAGAGUUCCUAAUCUCUGAGGUUGGGUUUGAGCCAGCAUACAUUGCUCAUCAUCCGGCAUUGCUCACGUACAGCCUGGAGGGCCGGAUCAUACCCCGGUACUAUGUUGUAAAGUUUCUUAAGGAAAAUGGACUGCUGGAUCACAACCGGAGCUACUAUACUGUAUUCAUUGUGAUGGAGAAAGUAUUCGUGGAGAAGUACAUAUGCCCUCACAAGGAAGUUGCACCAUACCUUGCUGAAGACUAUGAUGCCGCUUGCAGAGGGGAAGUGCCGACUAGAUUCAAAUUUACAUGAAAAUUGGUUACAGUACGGCACAACAAAUUUUUUACAUUCUGUGUUAUGCUAUUCAUUCCUGAUUUGGUGUUCUUGGCCUAACUCAAUUGUAGUUGUCUGCUAUUGAUAAUCUAUUGUAUGUUUGUUACAUGCUGAUUUGAUGAUGCUAGUCUAGGAUGAAAUUGGUAAUUUGAUUUGAGAGUAUUGGUAUGCUCAUUAUGACAUUCAAUUAGAGAAGAAAGCAUCGUACUACUAGCUUGUGCACUCUUAAGGUCGCAUUGACAUAUAUAUUGGAUUUACAGUAAUCUUUGUGAAAACCAUGGAACGGCUGUUCCAGCCACGGAUAGCCUUCAUUUCCACCUCGAGAUAGGAGCCAUGUCAGAAAAAGCAAUACAAAGUACUAAGCACUCUCUGACACAUCCCCACAACAUUAUGUUUGAAACAGAUGACGUCCAAGGGUUGAGCAGUGGUUUCAUGGAGCUAAAAAAGUCUCUCUAAGAACUAAUGGAAUUAAAGAGAGUGAGAGCAGGACAUUCUGCAAAUACUUUCAAGUAUCUUUAUGUUCUCAAAUGACCAUAGCAUUUUCAUGUGCACCUCAAUCUAUCUUUUCAUGAAAGAAGGUUCUCAUUUUUGCCAAAGAUGACAUGGACUUCUAAAUUUUCUCCGGAUGAAAGUAUGUUUGUCACUCCCAAGGAUGCAGUUUGGAUCUAGUAUGUUGGUUGCUUGCUCUAGUUCUUCUAAGAUGAAAAUCUUCGUUCAUCCAACAGUAGCUUUGCUUAUAAAACUGUUGUGAAAGCAAGUCAUUGUGUACUACUCAGUAGUUUUAUUCAGUUUUUCCCCUUAUAUUCUUUGAUUGAUGGGCUACUGGUUGAUAUUUCUCAUAUGGCUUCUGAUGUCAGAACUGAAUAGUGCAUUAGUUGGCUAGUAGCAUUUUUGUUAUUGACUUAUCCUUGUAGAACUAUGUAACGGGCAUUUUGGAGGCCCUGGUAUUUGUGCUCCAGAGGCAAAUUUCUGAAAAGCAGAGGGCAUUUCAUAUAACAGAACUUUUGUUGAGUUAAUCUUAAAACUCGUUAUGUCAUUUAUCUGUCAUACCUUUUUACUACUGAUUUUAUUCCAUAUUAGCACUAUGUACAUGGAUGCUUAGGCAUCUGUAUUCCAUAUCACUAUUUGCUUUUUUUUUGGAAUACUCUUCUAUAUUUUGUUUUGUUGUGUCAGCUAUGAUCUCUUUAAAGACGUGUAUGCUGGCAUUGGAGAAAAGAGAAUGAACACUUCUUUUUACCACGUUUCAUUUUUUUCGGCUCUGAAAGAAUGAAGACUGUCACCUCAUCUAAGAGAUUAUCCCACUAAUUUUCUCAUUUAUACCAAAUGUCAUCUCUUCGUCGCCUAUUUAGUUAAAUCUAAGUCUAGAUAUUGCAUAAUUAUAGAAUCUUGCAGAACUUAGAACAUAGGAAUAGUAUACAUGCUGUGUACCUCAAAUUAAGACACAAGAUGUGGUGAGGAUGUGCAUAUUUGUCUGUUCCUGAUUUUAGGCUUUAGAAGUUGGAAGAAAUGAGACCUCAGCUGUGUGCUUGCAAUAACACAAAGGAGAUGGGUCCAUGCUAUUAAUCGCAAAGAGAUCUGAUUUGAAAUGAACAUCUGUUGUGUGUCCCUUAUCUGGUGCCUAGCUUGUGGAAUUAUAGGAGCAUACUGAUUUACUGAAUGUAGAUGGCGCGUUCUUUCUUUCAGAAGAUGUGCUGAAACUGGAUGCAGAUGCAUGGUGUUCCCUUCUUGUUCUUCCAGGAGAUCGACGAAGCAGGGCGCUCUGACUCUGCUAUCCAUAUAUGUGAUUCUGAAGGCAUCAGUCAACAACAAGAAUGGAGAGAGUGAAGCACGCUGGAUAGGCUGCAUUGAUCCGGUCGAUGCCUAGCGUUGGCUGGCUGACAGAACCGGAGAGGAGAGCUAUGCAUGCAUGAUUG